GUAGCGAGAGUUGCUAAUAUUUAUAAAAUCCUUGUGUUUCAGAGGUGGAUCCGCUCAAGCUCGAGAUUGUGGACGAGGAUAUUAAAUUCGAGAACGUCGAGGUAGCCAAAAGAUUCGAGAUUUUUUCGAGCAAAGAUGGCGAUGAUUCGUCCCUUGCCGCGGGUUCGACCGACAAGAAGCCUUGUGGUAAAACAUGGAGAGCCUCUUCCGGGAUGAUGAUCAGUGCUGUAAUAGAGAAAGCUCGCUUGUACUGCAAGCAUUGCGACAAGGACACAAAAUUACCGGACGAGGCAGUAAACAUCAACAGCAGGUUCAACUGUGACGAUUGCUCGAGAGCUUUGACUCUGAUUUGUACCUUCUGCGAGAGCAAAAUUUCUCAUCUGCGCAAUAUGUACAUGCACUUGAAACGUGGCUGUAAGAUAGUGGCGCCUAGAUUUCCGUGCACGAAAUGCUCGUACAAAGCGAAGGAAAGAACGAACCUUCGGAGACACAUCGAGAACAAACACUCGGUUGAAAAGUGUCCCGAAUGCGGUGAAAAAAUUAGCACCUACGCCGACUUUUUGCGGCACCAAGCUUUCGAGUGCAAUUACCAGAUUAACCUUGAUUCUCUCGUUGGUGUGUUGCGCUGCAACCUUUGCGACUACUUUACGAAAAUCAAGUGUAACUUAUCUUCUCAUAUGAGGAGUGCCCAUAAACGUUGAGUUGUUUUAGUAGAGAAAAUUUAUAGUUUGCACGAUAAAUAAUCGCAGAUCAAGUUUUUGUUUGAAGUCGUUUGUUCGGUGCGAUUAUUUUUUAGAUUAGUGAAUUUUAUGUAUUUGACAUUAUAGUUGAAUUAAAACAACAGAAUUUUACUACUUACAUUAUAAGCAAAUCAAAUAAAUCAUCGAGGUUUACUAAAUGCA